AUGUCCCUCUGUGACUUAAAGGAUUGUGGCUUUUCAGAGUUGAGAGUGGUGAGAAAGUUACCCCUCCUGACUCUAGGGGUCUUGGUGGCCUGCUUCUGCCCUGCUGUCCUCUGGCACCCCAGCAGCACACUUGACCAGGAGGCUCUGACCCAGGAGGACCAAGAAAAUGGGAUGCAUGUGGACAAACUCACAUUAGCCUCCAGCAGCAUGAACUUCGCCUUCAUCCUUUAUAAGCAGCUGGCUUCAAAAAACCCUGAUAAGAAUAUUAUCUUCUCCCCAUUAAGUGUCUCCUCAGCCUUGGCCUUCCUAUCCCUGGAGGCCCGCAGCAGCACUCUGACAGAGCUUUUCGAAGGCCUCAAGUUCAACCUCACAAAGACCUCAGAGGCAGAAAUCCACCAGAGCUUUUAGCACCUCCUGCACACCCUCAGCCAGCUCAGUGAACAGCUUCAGCUGAACGUGGGCAAUGCCAUGUUCAUCAAAGAGCAGCUGAAACUGCUUGGGAAGUUCAGGAACGCCCAGGAGCUGUAUGCCUCCAAGGCCUUAGAGACUAACUUCCAGGACUCUGCUGCUGCCAAGAAGUUUAUCAAUGACUAUGUGGAGAAUAAAACUCAGGGGAAAAUUGUAGAUCUGGUCAAGGAGUUUAACUCAUCGACAGAAGAAUUACUCCUCACUCUUGUUCUUUCUCUGGCCAAGUGGAAGACACCCUUUGACCCCUGUGAAAUGUUUACAUCAAGAUUCAACUUGAGCAACAACACAUGGAUACAUGUACCUAUCUUGAGAAGUAUAUACCUGGCCAUGCCUUACUUUCAGGAUGAGGCGAUGUCCUGCAUGGUAGUAGAACUGAUGUAUUCAGGCAAUGCCACCACACUCUUCAUCCUCCCUGAUGAGGGCAAGAUGAAGGACAUGAAAGCCAAGUUGCUCCCAGAGACCCUGAGGAGGUGAAGAGCCUCGCUAAAGACCAGAAUUAUAGAUGCGAUCUAUCUGCUGAAGUUUUCCAUCUUGGGUGAGUAUAAUCUGAAAAACGUACUUCUCGAUCUGGGCAUUGGGAAAGUCUUCACCAGAGAGGCUGACUUGUCAGGGAUUACAGGUGCCAAGAACCUGGUGCUCUCCCAGGUAGUCCACAAUGCCGUGCUGGAUGUGGCUGAGAAGGGCACGGAAGCAACUGUUAACCCAGGAGGAAAAAUUGUCUUUUUAAUUACAAAACUAAACCCAAUUAUUAUAGAAUUCAACAGGCCCUUUCUGAUAGUCAUUUUUUCCAAAGACCCAGAACAUAUCUUAUUUAUGGGCAAAGUCACCAACCCCAGACAAGCUCCUCCUCUGCAAGCAGCAGAAUCCCAUUAAGGAACCAGGAAUGGAAGCAGGGUACUGGGUCUCAGAGCACGGCUGGCCUCUGCAGCAAGUGACCAGGGAAGCUGUGGCAUCCCUGGCUCUGUCUGCUUAUCCUCAGGAAGGUAAUGAUGACUGUCAGUGUGGGUCCCACUGCACAGGGGGCCCAGCAAUAAAACAUCUUCCUUGAACUGGGCAUUUUCCUUGUGCCUUUCUGUGCUGACUGCCUGACUCUGUGUCCUCAAAGAUGCCUGUGCCCCAAAGCCAAGCCCCCUGACUCCCAUGUAGGCUUAGUCCAACCCCAGGCUCUGGACCCUU